AUGUAUCAUUAUCGUGCUACGCGAAGACGUAAUCAAAAAUGUUGAGCCUCUCUCGCGCUUGGAGGUCCCUCGCAGCACUUUAUUUUUGUUUUGGUUGUGCAGCAGGACAUGCUUCUAGCAAACUUGUUUCAGCGGCAUCGUUGGGAUCAGGUAGCUUGCAGCCUUCUUUGGGCUUGAGAAGUGAACAACUUGGAGAUGAAGAAGAGGGAGUGUCCUCCGGCAACGCAAUCCAUUACGAUGGAUCUACUUCCGGUUCCGCUAGCGCAGCAGCUAACGCACUUGUUAAAGCAUCAGCAGCAACCUCAACUCCCCAUGGUGGAGAUGGUGAAAGGAAGAGAAAACUUUUUCAGAUCAUAGGCGAUACCAAUAUAAUUGUAGGCGGUGGCUCUGGAGGACUAGUAGGAUCCCUUCGAGGACUGGAUAACGAUGGAACAAAGUCACCGCAGAGUCUAGUGGCAGACCAAUUGAGUUCUUUAUCUCUAGGAACAGGAACAACUACAUCGUCACCACCUACAUUUCUAGGAACGGGAACUACUCCUCGUCUACAAACUACAGGAAGAACAUACUCAGGAGCUCCGAAUGGAGGUGAAACUACUGGUGAAACUACUGAUGCAUAUUUAUUGACUUUGACGCGGCUAUCCCGUUCGGCUUUUGCAGCAAUUCAAUCACCAGAGGAAGCAGGAUCCUCUACUCAGACGUUUUCACCAGCUCCUUCUAGUGCUCCUGGUGUUGGGCUUUCACCUGGUGUUGGAUCCGGAUCCGGAUCAUUUCCGGUCACCGGUAGUAAGAUCAUCCACCAGACAGACCUGGUGAAAGAACUACAGCAGGACAAAAUCAAGCUGAUGGCAGAAGCCAUCACAUUGUCUCACAGACUAAAGCACCAAGAACAAACGAUCAAUACAUUGCGUACUGAGAAGGAGAAAGCAGCCAAAGGGGAAAGGGACGCUUUGGCGCUGGUUGUAGAUUAAGAUCUAUUAUAGAUACAAUUUUUUAUUACCGCUUCUAAUCGGCAAUAAAUCUAGUUAAUAUUACAGAGGAAAGGAAAAAUUUUUAAUUUUAGUAGAAUUUAUGAUCUCUCUCAAGAAGAUCACUUCAAUGAACUCUUACAGCUUUCGUGAAGUUACUUCGUUCUAGUUACUCCACUAUCUUAUUAAGUAGAUGGAGCAUCUAAGAUGCAGCCUCCGGUGCGCCAGCAUCGGGUAGAGGAGUUAAUAUCUGGGAAGUUGAGGUCGACGAGGACGUCUAUGGAGGUGACACUGAUUGAGAACAUCAAUGAAACUAGGGGAAUACUUAGAAGAAGAAAGGAGAGAACUUGUAGUCCCUGAAGUAGAAUAAUUUGAAGAUGGCACGCGCAUUCCCUUGUCACAACAUCGUUCUCAAGCAGUGGCACCAUUCACAAACUUUUGCUGGGGCGACCUAAGAUAAACUAUGACAACAUCAAGAAGAAGACCCGCUGGAUCCCAUUGGAUGCGCUGGCUGCGAAAAUGCUUGACACUUACUACGAUAGAUACCUAGCGGAGAAAAACGACAAAGCCAAUUUUUUAUGGCUUCUCCCAAAAUGAGAAUCCAUCUUUCUCGUGAAAGAAGAACAAGAUGAAUCCUUCCAUUCCAGCUUUUCCUUAGCGUCCAUCUUUAUUCCCGUGAAUUGUCCGGAUUCGGGAGUAGAGGCCCUCGCCGCUCCAAGGAGAAACUAUACUUACUAUCCCUUGGAGCAGCGAGGGCCUCUACUCCAGGAGGUCACAGACUGAAAUAAGGGCGGUACUAGCUUAAUGCCAAGGCUACUCUUUCUUUUUCACUGAUCAGUUACUUGCUUAUUCUGAUGAUCAGUUACUACUUGCUCAUUUCAGUUAUUAUCGAAUUUAGAUUCGAACCUUGGUAGCUCUAAGCAAAGCGCCCAGUUCAUCGCUCAGUGGAUUUUUUUGUGAGGAACUAGAUGGCAAAGGGCUUUCGACACGGAAACUGGCUUCCUCCCAAGUGACGGUGAAAACGGCAAGAAGCGAAGAACUACUGAUAGAUUUCGAGAAAAUGCAGCAAACGCAUGCGGCGACAAACCGUCAGCGAGCGAUCCGCGUCCGCGUUCCAGUGCCGAAACAUUGGAAGCGCCAAGACCUCGCUCAUGGGAACCGGUACUCCACAGAUCUACAAGUAAUUCUGCAACCUGUGGAAGGAUUUUUCUCCUCAGAUUUCCCGCAACCAGACAAAAGACACCGCUGGGCUUUGUUUUUAAGACGUCGUAAGUCCUAGAGUAAUAUAAAUGUUGGGACAGAGACAGUUAGUAUAAGAAAGUGGUAGUGGACGACGAGGUAGUUGUAGAUCUGGACGAUGCAGGUGGUGCAUCGAGAAUUUCUUCAUCCCUCAAUUUCUUCAUACCUCAAUUUCUUCAUACCUCAAUUUCUUCAUGCCUCACUUUCUUCAUGCUUUAAUUUUCUUCAUGCGUCAAUUUCUUCAUGCGUCAAUUUUCUUCAUGCGUCAUUUUCAUAAGGAUAAGUCUUGUAGCUCUAGAACUAGUCUUUCGGUCGUCUUGACGUCAUUUAAUGAGUCUAAGAUUUCAGCUCCACAACAACGCCACAGCCAUGUUAUCACGACCUCCUGGAGGAAAAUCAACCGCCCACUUCUCGGAGAAGAACGAAAAGAGCAUCGCAACCUUUAUGCAGAAAUUGAAGCAGACUCACUGUGGCGGAGGGUGUCCCAUUGGGCCUGACGGGAGGAAAAAAGUGGCUGUAUGGCAAGUCGAAAACUGGGUCCUGUGGAAUCGAUACCGACAAGCGCGUGCGGAUCUCAGAGCAAUGUAUCAAACAAAAAGCCAAGACCAAGAUAUUAUGGCUACGUCGAUUAGUGGUGUAAUACGCCUGAACGAGUUGCUAAUAUCGCUAGUAGAAGUAGUGGAGGUCGUAAAAGUCUUAAAAUUGAUUAAGGGUGGCGCCUUGUUCCCUCGACAUUGCAUUUGCAUCCGUGACCCACAGAAGAAGUUUUUUUGACUUUUUUCUAUGUCCUCUAAAGACAGUCGACGAGACCGCGUUUCCAACGGCCCUGACGUCGAUCAAGGUGUGAAUAGCCCUACCAGAAACAAGGGAAAGAAGUUCAUCGCAGAUAUUUAUCCGGGCAUCAAUCCUGGUAUAUUGGAAGCAGUGAAGAUGCUCCUCGACAACAAGGAGCCACAGCUUUUUAUGGCGGGUCGUUCUCUCUUCUUGCUGAUUAGAGGUAGCUCUCUAGAUAGUGAGAUAAAGAUUCUAAUCUUCGGGACGACGUGAACGAAGUAUUAUACCUAUGACUUUUAUCUAUGUCCCAGCCAAGCCUGACUUGGCGAAAAUUUUUCAGAUAAUCGCGACCGUCGUUCCCUUGCAUAAUCGGGAAAUCUCUCAGCCUCUUGUGUAAAGUUUGGUCUAGUUCCUUGGUCAUGGCUUUCGUUUUAGCUACGUUGGUUCACCAAGUAUUGAAUUAGAUCAAAUUUAUAAAUGGUGAGGCUCCGGUCUUCUUUGUUCAGUAUGAAAUCUUCUAACCUUCGGGACGACGUGAACGAAGUAUACCUGUUACACGGAACUAGAGUAGCGACAGCAGAGGCCAUUGCCACCUUUGGGUUCGAUCCUCGUUUGUCUAGGGAUUCGAACUGCCUGUACGGUCAAGCUAUGGGAGGAGGCACUGUAGUCAACCCAUCUCUUGCGCCUUCUACUUUUAGCCGAUUCCUCAUCCUGCUCGGAGGAAGCUCCUCAAAGAUGUUGUUCUAAAAGAUGGGUUGUUAAAAACUACGCCUCUAAUCAAAGAACAUACUUCGCCUCAAAUUUCUGCAAGAGUCUGCAGUAUGCGGGAGAUUUGCCGAGAGUGCUUAUGAUGAUGCUCCUCGUCUCGUCUUGGUCAUAUAUUGCAUCCUGUUUCUCUUGUUGCAUGAAGAAAGGAAACACCAUGAUCAAUCUGCUUAGAUCAGCUCUUGGCGGCACUAUCUAGACGUCGUGGACGGGUUUUAAGUGAGCUGAAUUGCCGAGCUGAAUUGAAUAUAGACCCAGGUCCCAAAAAAAAAAAACCCCGAACCGCGAACAUGAAUGAAUGAAUGAAUUGAUCAUGUCACUCGCCAGUCAGCACGCUCUUCUUCUAAUCCAUCAGGCGAAGAGAAAAAAAACCACGUUUUGAUCAUUUCCCGCGUGCUUAUUGGUGACCCGUACGUGACGCCUAAAGUUUGCUGUGAAAUGAAGCGACCGCCUCUUUUAAGGUUACAGUUAUUUUAAUAUUUUAUAUCACUAUCCCAUGUGGAGUAUGCUGAGUGGAGUCCCAUCCUUUGACUCCUUCAAGGAGAAUGAAAGGGGAGCGGAGUGGUUCAAGCGCCCCUUUUAUGGAAGCCAAAACCUAGCUCUUUCUGGCUGAAGAAAAAGACACAAAGUAGACUAGGGGGGAACGCAGGGCACCUCACUUCACCAGGGAUAGUGAGAAACUUCUAGCGUUAACUCACAAUGUCAACAGGUGUCCUCAUCAACGUUCGCAGCAUCCUGGGAGACAAUCCAGACCACCACUCACGCGACCACAUGAUUCGAUCAUGGCAAGACCGGGAAUUAUGGCUAGUCAUUGUCCACUUUGGUUUUGGUACUAGACGACCACGAUAUAAUCGAUAGGCGAAUGUUUUACUGUAGUUCGUUAAGUAACCUUAAGUAGAUUGUUCUCGGCUCGAGCUCAUUUUUUCUGGGUCGAACAGCUUGCUAGCUGUAGUCUAAUCCAUGGUACUAGUUUGUUCAAGUACCUAUGGUAGUUGUUUGUGCAGCAAGUAGUACGUUUGUAUGCCUCCACACUUCUACUAGUACACGAUUCACAUUCAUUCUCUUCUAAUCCGAAGAUUGAAAGUUCCGCUACAAUCCCACCGAUCCCGCAUCCGAGUCCAAACGGGGAGCAAAUUCAUCAAGAAUUCGUUAUCUUUGAUCAGUACGCUGCUUAUCCAGAGUUCAUUGUUAGAUGGUAGGGACAUCUUGGUGCUUACAACUUUACCAAAUAAUACAUAUAAUAUACUAGAGUAGUUUAUAGAACGGAUGUAGGAUGGAGUAGCAUGGAGUAGCAUGGAGUGCAUGGAGCGCAGAGCUUAAAGGGGCGCAAGAAGCUCCCCCCUUAGCUCCAUGCUACUCCAUGUGAUCCAUGCACUCCAUGCCAUGCGAGCUGUGAAACCUUUAUGAUAGUAUAUACUUCAAUACUUAACCGGUAAAAGUAUGGCUCCCCUUUGGAGGUACUGUAUAAUUACUGGAUGGAGGCCUCAGUCACAGGUAGACACUUAUAGCUACACAAGAGGCACCAUGACAUGCCACUAGAUCCACUGCUUCUACAAACAGUCAUGUUCUUGUUGGUCAUAGCACCAAUGCCAAGCUCAAUGUUGCUCAUAUAUAUUAGUUACCAUAAUUGGCUUAGUACAACAUGAACAUAGAACACAUGAACUUGAUUAUAGCGUGGUAGUACUACCCCGGCCUCGGGCUUGGCGACAAGAUGAAGGCUCGUUAGCAUGCUAUAAGUUUGGUCAUCAUCACCGUAAAUUCAUACACAACACAUAAUAGAAUAGUUUAUAGACGGUGGGAAGGUGGGCACGUGGUUGGGUCGCUGGGCGGCCACGCUGGGCACGGUGGGCGGACCCUUGGCAGCCAUGAGUGGCACGGUUGGCGCACGCUGGGCGCAUAUGACGGUGCUCCGCUGCUUCCGGUAAUGUGCACGGCCGCAGACAGGGGCUACCUGGCGCUGCGCUCCUGUGCGUAGUGGCCUCGUUCUCGCAUACUAUAGUUUUCUUUUUUAUAAGUUUCGUUAGCAUGAUACUAUAAGUCUGGUCAUCAUGAUGUCACCGUAAAUUCAUACACAGCACAUAAUGCUAGUACAAUAAGAUACAUAGAAGUCAUUAUGUUCGUUGUUUUCUUUGUUUGGCUGGUCAUUGACCUCAACGAUGAUCGAGAAUAAAGCGCUCCCACAUGUAAGUAUUCAUAUCGUAAGGAUUUUUGACGCAUUUAUUUGCCAUUUUCGCACUCUCUUACUAACUUGCGCAAGAUUGCUUGAAUGUUUUCGUGAGGUUUAGAUGCUUGCCUCUUCCUCUGACAAAGACGAGGUCUACAAGAAGCAUUCGCACCAGGAUGCAUUAGCAUCCUCUUGUAGGAGGAUUACUUGAGGGAUACGCAGAGAUGAGAC